AUGGGAAGAGAAGAUGAACACACAAGUCCCAAGACAUAUCGCAAGAUAUUUACUAUCCUUGUUUUGCUAAAGAAAGCCUCAUUGAUUACUUCAUUUAUUGAUGAAGAAAUAUGCGAUGAUGACCUUCCAUUUCGCCUAGAGCCUGGGACAGAGUCAUCAGACUGGAGGUGCCUGCAGAGGCAGUGGAUAGUACUUGCACCGUAUUUUGACACAUCUUGCCUGGCGCAAGACGACCCCCAGGUUUUGAUGGAUGAACAGAUUCCACCCUUCACUUCCUGGAAACCAAUCCCAGAUGGCAAUCAAGGCGGCUGUGGCGAGGUUUUCAAGGUUCACAUUCAUCCCGGUCAACACCGAUUCAAGCAUCUUUCGAGCCCCGAGACAUCACAAAUGGCGUUCGCUAUUAAAAAGGAAUAUCACUUCAUAUUCCCGUGGGCAAUGGCUGAUCUACACGGGUACUGGAGGGACAUCAACCGAAAGCCUUCAAUAAUCGAAAGCGACGAGGAUCUUGCCUGGCUAGCAGCACAAUGUCAGGGUCUUGCAGAAGGCCUUUCUUAUAUCCACCGCUACGAAACCGCUUCAUUUAAGUAUCUUAUCCACCCUGAUUCGUUACCAACGGCCACAGAAGCUUUUGUAAAAGCUAAAGGGAGUCAAAGGAAGCUUCGCCUUUUCGGUCGACAUGGCGACAUCAAACCUGAGAACAUACUUUACUUCCCAAGAUAUGAUCAAGAUAUGAGAGGAUUGUUAAAGAUUACUGACUUUGGGUGCGCUGAUUUCAGUACCAAAGAGGAAGUCGAUUGCAAGAGGCGAGGAUCGGUCCCCAAUUCGCCGACGUACCGUGCACCUGAGACUGAUUUGUCCCCUGAUGACAGUUCAAUCACUUCUUCAUACGAUGUUUGGACUCUUGGGUGUGUGUAUCUCGAAUUUCUUACAUGGUGGCUUGGUGGGUGGAUGUAUGUCAAGGACUUUGCGACGCGACGUUCGGAACUAGAUCCUGAUUGGUAUGGAAAAUCGUAUGGCCAUUUCAAGACGGAUUUCUUUUUCACAAUCUUCGAAGAGAGUAACGGGAAGAAAAACGCCACGGUCCGGAAAGGUGUGAAAGAGGUCAAAGGUCCCCCUACCACGACUCCAAAGAUUUAUGUUAUGUCGCGCUUACGUGGUCAACCCAGGCUGAGAGAGGUGAGGAGAGCCAAAGGGCAAGUGAGGUCCGCCGACGAAUACGAAUUCGAGGGUGCCAUCGAUCCAGGCCGGGAGCAUGUCCAGCGGCCAGGUAUCAAUGGCUCCGCCGCUACUGACAGGUCUCUUUUCGCGGAGACGACCCCUUCUGAUAGUUCUUGCCAUCGAGGAGUCGGAUGA